AUGUAUAUUCUCGAGAGCUCUCCAUUUUACGAUGCUAGGAGUAGUAUAGAAAGUUCUUCAAGUAAUGCUUCCAGCUUGGAAGAAAAAACGCGGCAAUGGAGAAAUGACGCUUAUUUUAAGAAUCUUCAAUUUACCUCGGAAAAAUUCAUUGACAAGAAUAUUUCUCCUAAUAGGCGACUCGAACGACGUGCUUUGAUUAAAAUGGAAAAGUACCAAGAGGUACUGGAUAUUCUUGGUGAUGAAAAUACAUUUCUUGAUGGAGAUUAUAGUUCGGUUGACAAAAAUACAGAAGGAGGAAUCAGUCUUGAAGCAUCCAUUUGCUAUCUGCGCGGGGUUGCGUACUCCCAACAAUCUGACUUAGAUAACGCUAAAAAAUGGUUUAAAAAAGCGUUGGAAAUAGAUGUUAAAUGUUUUGAGGCGUUUAAUGAACUAGUGAUAAAUCACAUGAUGACAAGUAAGGAAGAAUGGGAUUUUGUUCAUUCACUGAAAUUUGACGAACAACUAGAAUAUGAGGAGGCCUAUUUUAUUAAAAUGAAUUACAUAUCAAUGCUGAAAAAGUAUGAACACGUAACAGAAAUUCAAGAAGCACGAUCGGAAUUAGAAAAUAAAUUUCGACUAUCAAAUAAUGCAGAUAUAUUAUUAAGUCGCGCAGAUGAAUUAUAUACUCAAUGUCGAUUCAAAGAAUGCCUCGAAGUCACGACUAACAAGGCAUCUACUAUGGAUUCUCAUUGCGGGCCAGCGUGGGUAGGAUUUGGACAUACGUUUGCUAUAGAAUCAGAGCAUGAUCAAGCAAUAACAGCUUAUUCUACAGCUGCAAAAUUAUAUCCAGGCUCACAUCUCCCGACUCUUUUCAUUGGUAUGCAACAUCUUCAAGCAAAGAAUCUUCUGUCUGCUGAAGAAUACCUAUUGACAAGCUCUCAAAUUUGUGAGAAUGAUCCAUUGGUAUUAAACGAAUUGGGUGUACUUUAUUUUCAAAAGCUCAAGUAUGCUCAAUCAGUCGACUUCUUUAAGAAGACACUUAAGGUAGCAGAGGAAACAAAAUGUCGACCACAAAUAUGGGAAACAAUUUGGAUUAACCUUGGCCAUGCUUUCAGGCAGUUGGGCGAGCUGGAUAUUGCUGAGUCAUAUUUCCAAAAAGUGGUGUCUAUGUCACCACCCAAUUCGGAUGCGUUAACUGCAUUAGGAUAUAUUUAUCAUGUGAAGGAAGAGUUUGAAGAGGCGAUCAUGUAUUAUCAUGAGGCAUUGGGUAUAUGUCCUUACGAUCCGAUAACACAUGAUCUCCUGAGUGCAUGCCUUAGAGAAAUGGUCCACGGCUAA